UCAUGGUUAAUCAUAACAAUGAAUGACAGUAUUCUUCAUGAUUACAUUUUGUUAACUCUGUCUUUCAAAUCUUCCCCCUUUUUUUUUUCUUUAAUUUCUCUUCUAUUUUUAUCGGUAAGCCCUCAUCGUAAUGUCUUAACCACUCUUAGAGAAUAUUUAGAAGCCUUUUUCUAUAUGUAUUUUAUAAGUUUAGUUCAUUUUUCUUUCUUUCUUCACACUUGUAAACUUUUGUCCUGUCUGGCGUUAGAAACAUGUAUCUAUUUAUAGUUUUAUUAAAU